GCUCAUUUGCUUUUGACAGUCAGCUCAACCUUUAGAAUGAUUCUCUAUUUUUACACUAUUCUUUUUUUACAUUGCCUUCAAGCAAAGGCAGAAAACACAUUUUGCCAAAUAAUAGGAGAGGCUAAAUACCCACUACUUUCAAAGGAUGGAGAUGUAACUAUUGGAGGAAUUUUUGCAAUCCACAGUAAGGAAACAUUACCUUCAUUUGAGUUUCAACAAAAGCCACAGCCACUAUUAUGCUCCAGUGUGAAUCUAAGAGAUUUUCGGCUGGCACAAAUAAUGAUCUUUGCCAUUGAGGAAAUUAACAAAAGUGAAAAUUUGCUGCCAAAUGUUUCUAUCGGCUACCGAAUAUUUGAUACCUGUGGUUCAAGAUUGUCAUCUAUGAGUGCAACAAUGGGACUAAUGAAUGAAUUGAAAUUUGCAGCAGAGACAUGCAAUGGACAGUCUCCCAUACAUGCUAUCAUCGGAGAAACAGAGUCUUCAGCCACAGUAAUUCUGUCCAGAACUACAGGACCUUUUAAAAUUCCAGUGAUAAGUCAUUCAGCAUCAUGUGAAUGUCUCAGCAACAGGAAAGAUUACCCAUCAUUUUUCAGGACUAUUUCUAGUGAUUACCACCAGGGAAGAGCACUUGCAUACAUAGUCAAGUACUUAGGCUGGUCUUGGGUGGGAGCUGUGAACAGUGACAAUGACUAUGGAAAUUAUGGAAUGGCCAUAUUUCUCAAUACAGCCCAGAAAGAGGGAAUUUGCGUGGAGUACUCUGUAAAAUUCUACCGAACAGAGACAGAUAAACUAAAAAAAGUGGUAGACACAAUUAAAAAAAGCACUGCAAAAGUGAUUGUCGCAUUUGUUUCAUUUAUUGAGAUGGGCUUAUUAAUUGAACAGCUUAGUAUUCAGAAUAUUACAGGAUUCCAAAUAAUUGGAGUAGAGGGAUGGAUAACUUCAAAGAACUACAUAACCCCAAACAGCUUUCAUUCAAUGGGAGGUUCACUGGGAUUUGCAUUGAGAAAAAUCAAUUUGGAAGGAUUUUUAGAUUAUGUAACUAAAUCGUUUUGGGGCACAGCGUUCCCAUGCUCACAGACUGAGGGGAUUUUGUCUACCGUAGGUUGCAGCAAGUAUAAGGAUCUACUUCUACUGAAAAACUACACUGAAGAUGUGACUGAACACAGAUAUUCAAGCCAUGUCUAUAAAGCAAUUUACGCAGUAGCUCAUUCACUACAUAGUUUGCUCAAAUGCAAGGAAGGAGAAGAUUGUGAGAAAGGCCAAACAAUACAACCACAGCAGGUGGUUGAGGCUCUAAAAAAGGUAAAUUUCACUGUAAAGUUUGGAGAUCAUGUGUGGUUUGACAGUACUGGAGCCACAAUAGCUCAUUAUGAGGUUGUGAACUGGCAGCAGCACUCUGAUGGAUCAUUUCAGUUUAAACAAGUAGGAUACUAUGAUGCCUCACUGCCUCCUGAACAGCGCUUUGUUAUCAAUAUUGGAAGCAUCAUCUGGCCUGGAGGAAAUUUGGAGAAACCAAGGUCUGUGUGCAGCGAAAGCUGUUUUCCAGGCACCAGGAAGGCUGCACAGAAAGGAAGACCUGUCUGCUGUUAUGACUGUGUUCCAUGUGCAGAUGGAGAAAUUAGUAAUGAGACAGAUUCAAAUAACUGCAAGCAGUGUCCAAGGGAAUACUGGUCUAAUGCUGAAAAAAAUAAAUGUGUGUUAAAAGCUAUAGAGUUUCUGUCAUUCACAGAAAUUAUGGGUAUUGUGUUGGUCUGUUUCUCACUCUUUGGAGUAGGAUUAACUGCAGUCGUGGCCAUUCUGUUUUACAGCAAGAAGGAUAGUCCCAUUGUAAAAGCCAACAACUCGGAGCUAAGCUUCUUGCUGCUUUUCUCACUGACUCUAUGUUUCCUAUGUUCACUUACGUUCAUUGGUCGGCCUACUGAGUGGUCCUGUAUGUUGCGUCAUACCGCCUUUGGGAUCACUUUUGUCCUUUGCAUCUCAUGUGUUUUAGGGAAAACAAUAGUGGUGUUAAUGGCUUUCAAGGCUACACUUCCAGGAAGUAAUGUCAUGAAAUGGUUUGGGCCUACACAACAACGACUCAGUGUUCUUGCGUUUACACUUAUACAGGUACUUAUUUGUAUGCUUUGGCUUACAAUAUCACCACCAUUUCCUAACAAAAAUAUGACAUAUUAUAAGGAAAAGAUUAUUAUUGAGUGCAGUCUUGGUUCUACUAUCAGUUUCUGGGCUGUUCUUGGAUAUAUUGGCCUGCUAGCUGUCUUGUGCUUCGUUCUGGCUUUUUUGGCUCGCACACUGCCAGAUAACUUCAAUGAAGCCAAAUUCAUCACAUUCAGUAUGCUCAUAUUCUGUGCUGUAUGGAUCACAUUUAUUCCAGCUUAUGUCAGUUCUCCAGGAAAAUUCACAGUAGCUGUGGAGAUAUUUGCCAUCUUAGCCUCAAGUUUUGGCUUACUUCUCUGCAUAUUUGCACCUAAAUGUUACAUUAUCAUAUGCAAGCCUGAACAAAAUACAAAGCAACAUGUCAUGGGAAAAACAUCUUUAAAGGUUCAAUAA